AAGCGUUACAUUUCUUUCUGGUAUAGAAACAUGGCAGGAGAGAAUUGAAUUGAAUUCGAAGCAAUCUGGAAUUGUCAAUUACGAAUGUCAAUGGCAACUUCUUAACUACCCUUGUUUUUGUCUAAAGCAUGAGAUGGAUCUAUUUUCUAUCAAUUGCAGAAAGAAUCGGAGAUUGGAAUCAGUAGCAGAGACAACGAGGAUGAUGCGAUAAGUUUGUUUUCCGCGGCCGAAGAAGAAGAAGAAACCGUCUGCAGCGGAGGCGGGGAAGAAAUAGGGUUCUGUUUUGCAUUGCUUAUUCAACAAGAUGCCUUUGGCUCAAGACCCUUUCUAUAUCGUGAAGGAGGAUAUUCAACAAUCUAUUGACAAGCUGUUGUCUACAUUUCAUCAAUGGGAGCGCAUUCCCAGUAGUAGUGUAGAGUAUCAACGUCUCAUUAAGGAGCUUCUUGCUGCAUGUGAGAGCGUUUCAUGGCAGGUGGAUGAAUUGGACAAGACAAUUGCAGUUGCCUCAAAAGAUCCUGCUUGGUAUGGUAUUAAUGAAACGGAGCUUGAAAAAAGAAGAAGAUGGACCAGCAGUGCACACAACCAGGUGGGGAAUGUGAAGAAAGCGGUAGUAGCCGGACAAAAUUCAUGUGGUUUGAGUGUUAUUGAAAUGCGAAAAGAGUUGAUGGCACAGCCAAAUUCUCAUCAGGCAGCUAAACUGAACAAGUACACUCCCCCAAAUAAUGAUGAUUUUAUAUCAUCUGAAUCUGAUAGACAGUUACUUCUCAUAAAGCAGCAGGAUGAUGAGCUGGAUGAGCUUAGUGCUAGUGUAAGAAGAAUUGGCGGUGUUGGGCUGACUAUACAUGAUGAACUUCUUUCACAGGAGAAGCUGAUUGAUGAACUCGGCGUGGAGAUGGGUAGCACAUCUACUCGUCUUGACUUUGUUCAGAAAAGAGUUGCUAUGGUAAUGAAGAAGGCCAGUGUCAAGGGUCAGAUUAUGAUGAUAUUGUUCUUGAUUGGGUUGUUCUUGUUUUUAUUUUUUCUGGUUUUCCUCACCUAGUUGACAGAGACAAUAAGCCCAAAUGUUUUUUUUUGUAAAUUAAACUUUUUUAAUACCCAAAUGCUCUCAUCAUUUUGUGUAUUUAAUUUACUUGUCACCCCAAAUAAAGUAUCUCACUCACC